AUGGCACAACUAUCAGACGCUCCAACACGAAAACGAGGACGACCGCGAAUAUACACGUCUGCUCAGGCAAAACAAAUAUCAAAUGCCACGCAACGGCGGAACCGGCGACAGUUUACCCGCGCUGUAUAUCGUGACCAGCAAUUCGACCAGCACUAUUCCGCCACAAUACCCCUAUCCACUGAUAUCAAUGAACCAUCGUUAAGCUAUUUUCCUCCGGGGGAACUUUCCAUCGCGACCGAGGUUGAGCAACUUCUACCAGCUCUCAGCCCGGACCUUCUACCGUGGGACUCAUCGAUACCUAAUAUUCCGCCGAUAGAUAACGGGGUACUACUAGAAUCCAUGAGUGAUAUAGCCAAUAGUCCUACUCAAGCAAUCUCUCCAGAGAGUGCACAAGAAGAGACCACCCAAGCCAGUCUUAUACCAGGGGUAACUGAAAUUCCGGUUCAAGCGACUGGGCCGUUUGUGGUUCCACCUCCUGAUCAAACCGAAGACGCAACAACUAAUACGGCUAUCUCUCAAUUAGCCCAGCUUCUUACUGACCAGCUCCAACAACACCAUGGCUGCUGCCGCCAGUGCCAUACGCAGCAGGAGAGUGAACAUGAGAUACAGCAUACGGAGCAUCUCGGUCUAGGAGAGUAUCUAGACCAGAUCCAGGCAGAUGGAGGAUACCCCGAUGUUCUUAGUGCCGCAACAAUAGCUAGACGCGAGGAAAACCUGGCAGGAAAGACUAGCGCAACCCGAAAACGCGAGAUCUAUACCGGGAUUAGUUCAGUCACGCCUAACACUCGUCCAGUCCACCUCUGCCUUGCAGCCGACCACCAGCCAGAACGCCCGACAGCGGUGACUUUUGAUAUCGACAGUAUUGUUGGCUUCGCGCAUAGUCUAGCAGUGGCCAAACUUGGAGUGCGGUGGAACUCGACUCAGAUGCCUGUCUCUGACCUUCGUUCAAGCCUACAUCUGAAUCCUAUUCCUGUACACUAUAUUGGAAGCAAUGGUCGCGCUCAUCAUGUCCGACGGCCGGUGCAUAAGAUCCCACAUUAUACGUUUGGGCGGUUGGUUGGGUUUGAGGAUAUCUCACUUUACUUCUUAUUCCCGCGCCUCUACCGAGAAGAGCAGCAAUCUAGUCGCCUCCGUGAUGACGACUUUCGGAUCUGGAUAGACCAGAUACUUCUUCCUGCAAUUUACCGCCAUCACGACAGCUCACUCGUCCAGCAUUAUCCUUCGAGCUUUGACCACAGCCGGCUGAACGCUACGGCCCGAGGUGUUGAGAUACGCUCGCAGCGAGCGGAUCCGGUCGCUCGGGAGCAGCUUCUAUUCUAUUUUCUCCCACCAAAUGCCCUCUCGCUUGUGUGGGCAAGUAUUUUAGAGACCAUCCAGAGCGCUGGACUACAGCAAUUCUCGGACGUGACCAUCCUCGUCCAAGGGAAAAACCUCAAGACAUUGACCAAAGCAAAUACGUGGGACGGUAUGAUGCAGGAGUUUGCCCAGCACUGGGGGAACACGAUCGACGAGUCUUAUCUAUCCGAUCAAUUCUACAUCGAUAUCGGGAAAGAGACCUGUCCUACCGGGGCCUCACAGGUUGGUGGCGUUGGACUCCUCGCAUCCAGGCACCGUUCGGACAGGGAGCCUGGUGCAAACCAACUAGUGCCACAGACCAUCCUCUGGCGGCGAUGCUGCUUAGAAUCGUAUGCUGAGUGGAUUGGGCAGCAGUAUCCUCCGGAGUCUCCACGCCCAAAACGGCAGUUUUAUCCGAUCAGCCUCCUCCACGACUCUGGCAGCCUCACAUUAGAGACGCAUCGAUCCGCCCCGCAGCGGCAGGCAGGCCUUCUCUACACGCAGCUUUAUUCAAGUGUGAAGGAGCACUAG